CUUGUCAACAUCGCACGUACGAUGGGGCUCGGCGUCGACCCUGAUCUUACGCCUGGCAGGUAUGGUCUAUAUGAGAGCGAGGCGCGCCGGCGGGCAUGGUGGGAUAUUUGGUGGUGGGAUGCAUAUACGUCCACUCUAUCUUCACGUGCUCCGCUCAUCCCCCUGCACGCGUUCAGUACCCGCCUACCGCUUGACGUUGACGAGGAAGUGUUCACGUCAGCGUGUACGUCUGCACCUCUCCUAAGCCCGACAGGCAAAGAGGGUGUGGGAAGGUGGUUUGGAAUGAGAGUAAGACUCGCACAGCUUGUAAAAGACAUCAACUUCCGUACUUCCCUACUAUCCUCCCUCGAACAUCCCUCAGUCCUAUUAUCCCUCGAGCAUGCAUCUCAAUGCGAAGCCGAGAUCAAGCAAUGGGUAUUAGACCUCCCACCCGCAUUUCGGAUAGGGAACGAGGGGAUGGGCGAGGAGUCUUGCAUGCCCCCUCACUCUUCCAUGGCGCUGUCAUCCAACGCAAGUCAUGGAGGCACACCACCGACACUCCUCGCUCAGCGUCUCGACAUAUUGAUGACGACUUAUAGACUGGCUAUGGGGUUGUACCUCCCGUGCUUACGUCCCCAUUCGUCCUCGUCAUCCCAAUCU